AGUGGGCGUUCCCACCGCUCUGUGCGAUGCAGGGCCUCGCGUUGCCAUCGGCCUUUACUAGCCCCACUCGCUUGUCCACGGGCACCACCGCACCAGGCUUACUAGCUCUCGACGCAUCGCCGCCGGCGAGCCGGUCCCCUCUCUCCUCGCCGGAUCGUUCGCCCGCUGCUCCUCUCUCUCUUCCUUGUGGGGGAGGAGAUCCAUUCGAGCGAGGACUGGUUCCAUCUUGUGCUGGUUGUUCUUCUCCAGCGCACGAGAUCGACACUGAUUGGCACUGACUGAGAGCACUCCGUGGUGCCUGAUUGAGUUGCGAGUGCGGUUUAUCUUCCAAGAAUUUUGGGGGUUCUGCUGAACCCCCAUGACCCAGGUGAAAUCCGCUCCUGGGAGGAGGGACAUGGGCCGCGGUCGGUCGCCGGAGCCGCUCGAUUUCUUCAUCUGGACUGUCGAGGAUGUUGGAUUAUGGCUGGAAGAAAUAAAUCUUGGUGGCUACAGACAAGUGUUUGAAGAAAAUGUUGUCAAUGGAGAAUAUCUAGAAAGCAUGUCCAUGUUUACUACCGAGCAGAUUCUGCGAUUUAUCAGGCGGUGCCAUAUGAAAUGGGGAGACUUUAUCACACUGUGCAAAGAGUUGAGGCGCAUUAAAGUGGCCUGCCUAAAAGGGGAGCAAGAAGUCCGCAGGCCGUGGUGGGCGCCGUCAUGCCUCUCCGUGGUGUUUGUGAGGGCGGCCAAGCAGAACAGGAAGUCCCGAGUCGUCUCUUUGAAGCUGGAACCCUAAGCCUGGUCAUGCACUUUGAAACUGGUCUAUUAUCCUUUACUAGAUCUGUUGUUCUUUAUAUAUAGGUUUGGAAUAGUAAGCUGAUGUAGACAAACAAAGAUAAAAAUAUUGUGCAGAUGGUUCAUGUAAGGUCUGCUUCUUGCAAA